AUGCGCGUCCUCGUGAACGCGUCCUCGUCACUCUCGCGAGCGGCAGCCUCUCGGGCAUUCGUCUCGCACAGUGCGCCCCUCCCAUCAUACCUAGGUCCCAGCCACGUCGACAGCAUGCACGUGUGGCGGCACAUCUACGAUCAAGACGCGCCCGACCCGAACGAACUGCCGCUGGGCCUCGUCGCGCGGCGCCGGUCCGACUGGCGGCACUGGGACGCGCCCGACACGGGCAUCGACGAGCGGACGGCCCGCCUGUGCCACACCCUCGCGGCUGCGGCGGGCCCACCGUCGCCGCCCAUGGCGGCCGUGUCAGGCGAGGUCAAGGGCAACCCCACCGAGAGCGAGGAGGACGUGGCGGCCGACCGCUCCGACGACGACCCGCUCCCGCCCGAGAAACACAACAUCAUCCAGAUGCCCGCGGGCGAGGCGGCGCCCAAGCUCACCGACGCCGAGGAGAGCGUUGCUGCUGACAGGCCCGAGGAGAAUCCGCUGUCGAGAUAG